AGGAAAUCUGCUGGGUGCCCGGCAGCCGCUGCUGCCCCUUUGAUGUUUUGGUUCGCCGUGCGCAUGCGCCUCACAUUAGAAUUACUGCACUGGGCAGACUAAGUUGGAUCUCCUGUCUUCAGUGAAACCUCAAUAAUCCCACCAAAAAAAAUAGAACCACUAAAGGGAUGUGGAGAGUAUGGAAAAGGGGCUACAUUGGGAUUUGGUCCUUCGCCUUGAUCAUCGCUGCCGUGUGCGCGCAGAGUGUCAAUGACCCUAGUAAUAUGUCGCUGGUUAAAGAGACGGUGGACAGACUGCUGAAAGGCUAUGAUAUUCGUCUGAGACCCGAUUUUGGAGGUCCCCCUGUGGCCGUGGGAAUGAACAUUGACAUUGCCAGUAUUGAUAUGGUUUCCGAAGUCAACAUGGAUUAUACCUUGACAAUGUACUUCCAGCAAGCCUGGAGAGAUAAGAGGCUGUCCUACAAUGUGAUCCCUUUAAACUUAACUCUGGACAACAGAGUGGCGGACCAGCUCUGGGUUCCUGACACGUACUUCCUGAAUGAUAAGAAGUCAUUUGUGCAUGGAGUGACUGUCAAAAACCGCAUGAUUCGCCUGCACCCAGAUGGCACCGUCCUUUAUGGCCUCAGAAUCACAACCACAGCUGCCUGCAUGAUGGACCUAAGACGGUAUCCACUGGAUGAACAGAACUGCACAUUGGAAAUAGAAAGCUAUGGAUAUACAACUGAUGACAUCGAAUUUUACUGGCGUGGGGAUGAUAACGCAGUAACAGGCGUAACAAAAAUUGAACUUCCACAGUUUUCUAUCGUAGAUUACAAACUUAUCACCAAGAAAGUUGUAUUUUCCACAGGGUCCUAUCCUAGACUUUCCCUCAGCUUUAAACUUAAGAGAAACAUUGGCUACUUUAUCCUACAAACAUACAUGCCUUCCAUCCUGAUAACCAUCCUCUCCUGGGUGUCCUUCUGGAUUAAUUACGAUGCUUCAGCUGCAAGAGUGGCAUUAGGAAUCACUACUGUCCUUACAAUGACCACAAUCAACACUCACCUUCGGGAAACUCUCCCUAAGAUCCCUUAUGUGAAGGCUAUUGACAUGUACCUGAUGGGGUGCUUUGUCUUUGUUUUCAUGGCUCUUCUGGAAUAUGCUUUGGUCAAUUACAUCUUCUUUGGGAGGGGACCCCAACGGCAAAAGAAAGCAGCUGAGAAGGCUGCUAAUGCCAAUAACGAAAAGAUGCGCCUGGAUGUCAACAAGAUGGAUCCCCAUGAGAAUAUCUUACUGAGCACUCUUGAGAUAAAAAAUGAAAUGGCCACAUCUGAGGCUGUGAUGGGACUUGGAGACCCCAGGAGCACAAUGCUGGCCUAUGAUGCCUCCAGCAUCCAAUAUCGAAAAGCUGGAUUGCCAAGGCAUAGUUUCGGCCGAAAUGCUCUGGAACGACAUGUGGCACAAAAGAAAAGUCGUCUGCGGAGACGUGCCUCCCAACUGAAAAUCACCAUCCCCGACUUGACUGAUGUGAAUGCCAUAGAUCGGUGGUCGCGCAUAUUCUUCCCAGUCGUUUUUUCCUUCUUCAACAUUGUCUAUUGGCUUUAUUACGUGAACUAAAACAUGGCAUCCCGUGCAAAGCAAGGACUAGAUUCCUCCUCAAACCAGUUGUACAGCCUGAUGUAGGACUUGGAAAACACAUCAAUCCAGGACAAAAGUGAUGCUAAAAUACCUUAGUUGCUGGCCUAUCCUGUGGUCCAUUUCAUACCAUUUGGGUUGCUUCUGCUAAGUAUUGAAUACACUGAGGUCCUUGUCGUUUGCCAGUUAAAAUGCAAAUGAUUCGUAUACCUACUAGCAAGAUUGAAGUUUAUACUCUGUCUUAUCUGCUUAAUGUGCAGCUUGCUCAGAGACAAAAUAUGUAGAAGAUAUUCUUAAAAGACUGGAUAGCAUUGCUGGUCAUUUCACUCAGAGGAGGCCAUAGCCAGUACUCUUCCUUUCAUUGCCAAGGUUGACAUGAAGUUGAGAUGGCACUGUGCUUAAUGAAACAUUAUUUGCAAUGCCAUGCAAACAUAUUACUUAAAGAUGAGCAGUUAUUAUCUUAAUAAGGUAAUAAUGAUAUCG